AUGGAAAAUGAUGAUAGAGACGAGGAACAACCUUCAACAAGUAAAAAAGAAAGUCAGAGGAAUAAUUCGACCGGUGACAUGUACGUUGAUAGCCACGACGAUGAUGGGGCCCACAGCGAAAUGUCCAUGCCAUCUUCGGCCACUUAUUCAUUUAUAAGCAAAUUAGACAUGGCUGCUACCGGACCUGAUUUACCAAAAUCACCAUUGCCAAAAACGGACAAUAAAAUCCACCAAAAAAGAAAGAGAGAAAAGAAUAAGCGGAUAGUGGGUAGAGUUGAGAAGAAAAGGCGACCUUUAACAAAACGUCAGGCAAUAAGGAAGGCGCCUAAACGGAAGCAAAAACCCGCCGAUGAAAAGAAAGAUAGAGUGUCUAUGUCAACAAUAUUCACAAGAUUAUCAUCCAAUUCUCAAACACCACGCUUAAGCAUUCAAGCUGGAUCUUGCAGCAAAUUUCUUUCACCGCUGUUCGUCGCUACUAAUUCUUCCCUUGCCGAUAACCAGGAUCUAUCAAUGUCUUAUAGCGAGAUAACACCGGAUAUGUUACACGAGGCUCUACGGAAGCUAACGAUGUGGAAACAGGAUGUACAGACGACUGCAAUUCUGGACUAUUUGAUUACCAAUUAUCCCGUUAACAAAGACAAGGAAGACUUAGUGAUUGAACUCUUGGAAAAGUUAAAGAUUGCUUCUCUUUUAGGUAUUGUGUGCCGUACUUCAGAAAACACUUGGAGUUUAACGCAUGAGUUCCAAAAGAGAUUGGUAUCAAAAAAUCACGUGACUCUCUUCUGGAAGAUGUAUGUAGACACAUUGCGGCCAAUCACGGCAAGACAGGUCGAUGAGCCCCCAAACCCAUCGAAGGAAGAUAAGGCCACUACCACGAAAAGAGGAGUUAUAACUAUAUAUGAUGAAGAUGUUUUAUAA